AUGUUGCCUUUGUUUUGUUCUUUACCCAGCAUUCAUAGUCCAGUAUCUCUGUUGCCAAAAAUUUAUAUUCUACCACCAAAUGAACAGAUUCUAUUCUAUCGUUUACUUACCGAUGGUUUAUAUAAACGUGGUUUACUGUCUGAUCAAUUGAUGAAUACAGUGAAUAACUUAUUACCAUCAUUACCAAUAAAUUCACGUGUUUUAACCGAAUCACUAUCUGAUUACUCUUCAUCUAGUGAUAGUAUUGGCGGUGUCAGCAGUAUCACCACGCCAACAACAACGGCUACUGGUAAUACUUGA